CCCUUUUUCCCUUUUUCUUUUUAUCUUUCCUUCCCUAACACCCAACCUAAACAUUCCCUGGCACAGUUUGGGGCCACUUAAUAGAAUCCCAGGAUGUUAGUGGUCCCAGAGAUGCCAAGGCAGGAUGCACCAGGGAAGGCAGGACAGUGCAUCCAGUUCUUUCCUAGACGUAAGUACCAGGCAGGAUUUUUGACAAUGAGGAGCAUUGCCAAAAGCCUUUGGAAGCAGGGGAGAGCUGCGUGGCUGAGCAGCAGCUCUGCCUCCUCUGGGAAGCAGCAUCCUGGGAAGUUGGUCCUGGGAAUAGAGACAAGCUGUGAUGACACCGGGGCUGCUGUGGUGGAUGAUGCUGGCCGUGUGCUGGGAGAAGCACUGCACUGUCAGAGGGAAAUCCAUUUACAAGCAGGUGGAAUAAUUCCCCUGGUGGCACAGCAGCUUCACAGGGAAAACAUCGAGCAAGUCGUGAAAGAGGCACUGAGAGUCAGUGGGGUUUCUGUCCAUCAACUUGCAGCUGUUGCAACAACAGUGAAACCAGGACUUGCCCUGAGCCUCGAGGUGGGGCUGCAGUACAGCUCCAGCUUGGUGAGCAGGUACCAGAAGGCCUUCAUCCCCAUCCAUCACAUGGAGGCUCAUGCACUGACCAUCAGGCUGACACAGCCCGUGGACUUCCCCUUCCUGGUCCUUUUACUCUCUGGAGGCCACUGCAUCUUGGCAGUAGCUCGAGGAGUUUCAGAUUUCCUUCUGCUUGGACAGUCCAUAGAUAUAGCCCCAGGUGACAUGCUGGAUAAGGUAGCAAGACGCCUGUCUUUAAGAAAGCACCCAGAGUGCCAUGGCAUGGCUGGGGGGAAGGCAAUUGAGCACUUGGCUCAGACUGGGAACCAGAACCAGCACCCCUUCAGACUCCCCCUGCAGCACUACCGGAACUGUGACUUUUCUUUUUCUGGACUUCAGAGCCUUGUCAAUAAAGCUAUUGAACAAAAAGAAAAAGAAGAAGGUAUUCAAGAAGGUGAGAUCCUGUCCUGUGUGGAGGAUCUUGCUGCUGCUGUGCAGCACGCAGUGGCUCUUCAUAUUAUCCAGCGGACGUACCGAGCCAUCCUGUUCUGCAGAAAACAUGGCAUAUUGCCAUCAAAAAAUGCAGCUUUGGUUGUAUCAGGAGGAGUUGCAAGCAAUCAGUAUAUCAGAAAAGGUCUACAGACUUUGGCAGAUGUGAAUGAUUUUGCUUUCCUGUGUCCUCCUCCAAGACUGUGCACUGAUAACGGCGUUAUGAUUGCAUGGAAUGGCAUUGAAAGGUUACGUGCAGGACUUGGUGUCUUACAGAGUGCUGAAGGCAUCCGCUACGAACCGAAAUUUUUUUCCCUUUCUACUUCCAGGAAAAAGGGUUUUUUCACAUGAAAAAUGACAAGAAUACUCCUCUUCAAAAAUCACUUGCCUUAUAUAGCUCAGUGAUUAAAAUACUAAAUUUUACUUGCCUUAGAAUGUACAUUCUUAAAUAUUCUUAAAUAUUAUCCCAUGUGAGUCUCCAGUAUGUCUUGCCUUCAUCAGUGAGAUGUAAAAUGAGUUAGCAGCUAAAAUCAGAAUCUAAGCCCCCAAAGAUGGCUUAGAAAUAACAGCUGUGUUUGCCUGAGCUGGGAAUGGCUACAAAUGCAAACAUUUCCUUAGUGUAAUGUUUCUAGGUACAGCUUCAGAUGGACCAUUUUGAUGGUCAUGCAGACAGACUUACAGUACAGGGAAUCUGCAAGCAAUACUGUGAGUCCCA